CCGACCCAGGUCGUGCCAACAUGGCGGCGCAGUGCGCCACCUCGAGUUCUCUGUCAGAGGAGUCUCCGGCAUCUGAGUCGCAGACAGAACUGCCGCCCACCCCACCCCCGACCGCGACCGCCGUUUCGAAGUCGCCCCUGGAGUGGCAGGAUAGCUCCCUGAGCUUCCAGCGUUUCUGGACCUGCCCCGAGGACUCGUUGCCCCUAGCCGUGUUUUAUGGGCCUCUGGACGCUAAAAACCCACUCCUGGCCUCUUUCGAGAAAGAGAUUCGCGAGUUGUUAGGUUUUAUGAAGAAAAAGAAGGCUUUAGAGACAUCGGAGGAAGAGCAGUAUGAAUUCCACCGGCGUUGUGCCACGUCUCUGUUUAAUAUCUGGUCUAAAUACGCCCCCAGGCUGCCAGCUGACUAUUACAACGAAAAGCUCUUGAAGGUUGGAGAUAGCCUUUGUCAAAUGAAAGAAUACAAACUGGCCCUUUUACAGUGCUAUGGACGAUACCUUCAGCAGUUCAGUACCAAUUUUGAUGAGCAUAAAGCAGAUGUGAAUACAUUCAAAACUGUCUUUUUCCCAAAAGGCUUCAAAGAUAAGACUGCUGAACUUACAUUUCAUGCUUUAAGUGUUGAAAGUAUGUGCAACUACCAGCUGGUCUGCGAUAGUGAUGAAAACUUGCAUAAUAAAGAAUCUGUGAUCCAGUGUCUGCAUAUCUUGUCCUCCUUAAGGCUCAUCAUGCAGGUGGCUCUGCCACAGGAGCACCUUUGCUGGAUUAUCUUCAAUGGUACCAUUUACAUUUACACCAUUUGCAGAAAACUGAUGGCCAUAGGUCAGUCUUCCAAGGCCUUGGAAUAUCUCCUGUGGGCCAGCAUAUGUAUGGAGUCUUCGGUCCCGCUCCUGGCGCUCAGGUACCUGACAUGGAGAGCCACCCUCUACGUGGCUGUCUGCCAGUGCUACUACGACUGCCAAGCCGGUGUUCAUGGAGAGGCAUUUGCUCGUCGUGCUUUAGCUAAAAUUGAUGAGUUAAGGCAACUGGAAUCAAUGAGUUCCUCACAGGAAGAAUCCAUAAGAUUGUAUAGAGAGGCCACACUGAAGAUGGCAGUGAUGAUCUUCAAAAGAGGAGUCUUUGAAUCUAGAAGAAAAAACAAAUCUUUCUUUAGACCAAAAUUAAGAGUUAACCUAAGGGAAGCACAAAAUUCGUCAUGGCCACGGACUGUCACAGAACGGCUGUUGGACGAGAUGUUUGAUAGCACUGCAGCCCGGUUUCUGGCUAUCGUGGAAGCUCUUUCCGAUUCAAAUAGGCGAGUACUGCAAACUGGAUCUCUUCUUACAGAAGAAGUGGAGCUUCGCGAUGUUGUCUCAGAACUGUUUAUGGCAGGAAAAGAACUUUUAAUAAGUUCAAGUACUGGUGCAGAUGGAAUACUUGCUUUUCCAAAAACAUCUCUUCUGGAACUUAUGGUAGAAAGGAAAAAUAUUAUUUCUCUGGAUAUUGCUGUGAAAUUUAUAAAAUUAGCUUUUACUUAUGAGGAAUGGAGUUUAUUUGAAUCUUCAGCAGGGCGUCUUAUUUGUUUUCUUCAGGGUCAGGAUGAUCCAGAGUCAAAGAAAGCAGAGAAGGAUUUAACUCUUCUGUUCGCAGUUGGACCACUAAUCAAUGUAAAGAAAAACAAGGGUUCGGUCUUUCCUUUGGAAAACUAUAAAGAAGGACAGCCAGCUCACAUUUAUUUUAAAAAAAAUAUUUUUCCUCAUGCUGCUUUGAAGACUUUUGGAUUUUCAGAUGAUAUUUUCCAUUUGGCAGCGACCUUGCAUUUCUGUGUCUGCACCUAUUUUAAGGAUGUCCAGCCUGACAAAGAAAUUGUCGUGGACAUAAUCAUGUUCCUAUGGCAGAAGUGCAAGUCAGGAAUUCAGCGGAUCAGUAUGUCCAGAAAUGACUUUGCAAAAUUCAUCCAGAAAAUCAGUACUAACAAAUGGUUUUAUCUUCUGUGGCAGAUAAAUGAAGUAAUUCACUGCUGUAAAAUGGAAGACAUUGAUAUUGCGGUGGUGGCAGAGGUCACAUUACGAUUAAGUGAAAUAUUGGAGUGUUUGGGAAGCCCAGGAAGAAAAUUUAAAAAAUCUAUAGACAUAUCUUUAAGAAAAGGGACUGAUUCAUUGCUUGAAAAAGGGAUCCCGGAAAUUCUUCCAAUAUUAAAGAAAAAAUCUGAGGAACAAUUGUUUCUUGCUUAUGAACUUCUUGACAAAACAAUUGGUAGAAUGAAUUUAAAUUGCAUGUUAACUACUUUGCCAAAUGGAUUAUCAGUAAUUGACCACUGCUUUGUCAAGCGCACCAAUGAUGAAGAUGGAGGCACUUACAAACAACUCACAGCAAGUAGUCUAAUGAUGGACUGGCAUCUUGAACUAAUUCAGGCUCAGCACCGAAUAGCUGUUACGCUUCUUGGCAAAUUGCAAGUUUUGCAGACUCCAGCUGUUAGUAAAAACAUUCCAACCAAAGGUCAAGAAAAAUUAAAACGAUCUGGAAGCAGUAAUUGUUUUACAGAAUUGAGUGUAAUGAAUAAAAUAAAGAAGAAUAAACUAUCCAAAGCUAUUUACUUAAUGGAGAAAGCUCUUUUAAUAUUUGAAAAGGAUGCACACUCUACAUCUUCAUGGAAGUUUUUGAUGGAAGCACAUUCUUUAAUUGAGAAGAGCGAAGCAGAACAAAAUGCCCUGUAUUCAUAUCAGAAAUAUUUGGAAAGUUCAAAAAGAAAGAAAAGCAGAAUACCUCCUCCACCCAUCCUGCUAUCCCGAACUCAUUGUUCUGUGACACUCAAACCUGCUCCAUUUAUUUCGGAUGUCAUGGUCUCCUGGUACUGUAUUUUGGGUUGUAAAGCAGAACGUAGUUAUGGAAAAGUACGACUAAACGAUAAUCAUCUCCCAAAUUCAGGAGAAGCGAUACCAGCUGAUGGUAAAAGCAUUUUUGAAGUGAAAGGUUUAGAAACCAAUGAAAAAUACAUAUUUGCAGUUGCUGCUUAUUCUUCUAAUGGAAAACUUGUUGGUGGUGCUAUUGGGGAAACAACUAAACCAAUUCUGAUUUACCCACCUCUUUCUGCUGUUACUGCUCGGAUGUUCCUGACACAGGUUGCCUAUCAGCUUGGUAACUAUGAAUUGGCUAAGAAAGUUUUCUCACCAGUUUGGGAUUAUUUUGUUGCUUCACCAAUUCAGGAUGAACAAUCUGUUAUUAGUUUAAGCAAUACAAUGACUAUUACACAGAGAAGAUUACAUUCAGAUGUUCUGGCAGAGACUUCUCCAAUCCUUUUAUACCUUUUUCUUAGGAAUAUUUUUGUAACAAGUGACAUUAAAAUUAAAGAAGAAAAUCUUUUCUGUGAUAAUAUUAAAGGCAAUGAGAUUUUCCCCUCUCAACAAAUUGCUAGACUGGUUGAAUGUGAGAGAGUAUUAGUGGCAUUGGAACUUAGCAACUUUCUAAAUGAUUCCAGUUAUGCCCUUCAAGCUGUGACUCAAUGUUAUGGUCUCCUUGCUCCUAUAAUCUAUCACAAUAUUGUUUUGGUACCUGUUGUACAGAUCUUGAUAAAGUGUGUAGUGGUUUUGCAAGGACUACCAAGUAUCGUCUACUCAAAGAAAAAUACUGCGAAUUUUGAAAGUAUACAGCACAUGAUAGCUUGUUGUGUUUUCUACUUAACAAAGAUUCUGCGUUCAUGGAAAGAGUAUGACCUGGCAGUAAUGAUUAUAAAUUAUGGGAAAAAAAUGUUGGAUGUCACACCAGCGUGCAAAUCUCUAUUUAGUAGUAAUGAACAAGACGAAAUGCCAGAGGAGGGUUCUUUUAAGAAGUCUUCAAAGACUAAGAAGCCACAGCAGAUACUGUUGCCUGAAAAAAUAAAUGAACAGCUGGCCUUGUUGGAAACACACCUACUCAAACUGACAAAGCAAUAUGUUACAUCUGAACUCUUAGGAACAGAAGACCCUAUAUUUCUUUACCCUGUGGUUUUAAAUUGGACAGUAAAAAAUGCCAUGAAAGAAGUUAUGAAAUUUAAGAACAGACCUAGAUUCCUGGAAUUCUUUACACAAGUUAUGCUAAAAUGCAUGAAUGAUGAAAAAUUUCACCUUGUUGUGGAGAUAACAAUUCCUGUCUAUGAAUUCUUGAAAAGGAGGAAUGAAUCUCUAUUUGGACUAAAAAAACCAAAAUAUAAAGACAAUGCUUCAGGUAAAAAGGCAAACAAACCUUCGAAGAAGUUCAAAGUUGCAGUAAUGGAGUUUGGAAAAGGUAUAGAUAUGUCACAAAAAAGAAGAAGUAAAAAAAAGGAAACGCUAAGAGACUUUUUUGCCAAAAAUCAAUCUGUUUAUGAAAUGCCAGAACAAGAAAGAAAUAAGAGACCUGAUGUUAGAAAAAUAGCAUAUCGAUCGCUGAUAGAGUUCUUGAGUCCUUUAGUAUCAAAUUAUGCUAAAAAAAGGAGGUUCCAUCAGAUAUUUCUUGAAGAGAUGCCCUGGAGAGCGCAAAUGAACCUGUAUCUGGCAAGCGCACACUUUAACCUGCUUUUACAAAAGCUAGGGGAGCGCAUGAAAAUGAAAUUUGGCACUUCCCACAUGAUGGUCAGUUUCCGAUCAUUUGAUCCUAAUACAUUCUCACUAUAUAAUUCAGGAACAGUAUUACCAACAGCAAAAUUGACUGUAGAAAAUUAUAAAUCAAUGCUUGAUUUCCUUACAACUAAAAGACGAAAGACCAACUUACCAGCAGAUGCUGAUGAAUUUUCUGCAUUUAUUAGUUCCAAAAUGAGUGAUGAAACUAUGUUCAAGACACGAACUGUUUACAAGUCAGACUCUCAAUUAGGUCUUGGUACUAAAGAAAAGGAUCGAGGAAAUUUUGGUGUAUUGGAUCAUUUUAUGAAAAUCUUUUCAUGUUGCAGGAGAGCAAUGGUUCUUGCUCAUCGUGGUGGUUAUUGGACUCUGCUUCAGAACUGCUGUCGGGCCUUUUGGAACUAUACUCAGGAGCUACAGAUACUUCUUAAACAGGCAAUGGAUCUUUAUAAAACAUUUCCUAUUAGCCAGGAUGUUUUUUUCUGUACCUCUGUUAUACCAUUUUAUAUGGGAGCAGAAUUACUUAUUGACAUGCUAAUACAGCUACAAGAUACCAAUUCUAUUAAGUCUGUUGAAGACAAAGGAGAGUUCAGUGUUCCAAGCUGUUACGGGAAUAUUAAAAAUGAUAAUGGUGGUUCUAGCCUUACUUUUGAGCAUCCUUUGGAUGAUGUAAAUUUGGUUGAUUUGAAAUGGAUCCAUGACUUUGUGUUAAAAUCUCUAGAAGUUUUAUAUCAAGUGGAAAAAUGGGAAACACUAGUAUCGCUUGCCAUUCAGUUCAAUUCAAUUUCACAUGAGAGAUAUACAGAACAAGUGACACCACUCUUGGUAUAUGCACAGCGCCAGCUUCUUCUGAGAAUACAGCAGUUCCAGGGCCCAGAUAUUACCCAACAACCUUGUGCAAUGUACGAGGCCGAAUAUGGAGAGAAGAUAACCUGCCGAAAUUUCAUUGGGAAGCAGCUUAGCAUUAAUGUUUCAACUGUUGAAGAAAUAGAUAUAGGAAACUACACGGAUUUACUAAAAAUGCUUACCUAUUCAGAGUGCAUUCGAGCCAAACAGCUCGUCUGUGUGCCCGUGGAUGUGUCAGACACCUUGAGAUGUUUUAGGGAAACCCUGGAAAAAUCCAAAUAUCAUAACAGAUCGGCGCGGCACAGCAGAAAGUUGCUUUUGUUAUUUCUCGCACAGACACAAGGAGAGAAAGGAGUAACCAAUUCCAAAUUCACUUCUGGAAAGGUGGAAUUUUGCCUGGGGACAGAAGAGAUGCAUAUGUCCAUACCCCCUGACCUUUCUCAGGAGCACUUCAGAGUUUUUAGCUCAGUGGAGAAGACCAAACUUCCCUAUUCACAACUUGGACUCGUGAUUUCUUCUUUUUAUCAAACUAUUGAUGUUCUUCAAGCCAGCAAUCAAAGAAGUCUUAAAGUUCAGGCACUGCAUACUCUUGGAAGUCUUCUUGUCUUCGCAGAAAAGAAAAGGGCUGCUUUUAAGUGUUGGUGUCAAGCUCUUGAUGACAUAUUCAGAAAACCAGAUGUGCUACAGACAUGGAAAGAGUUUGGCACGUCACUCACCAAUGCCACCAACAGCUCUUCACCUCCAGGUGUCAAAGACUACAGUGAGGAGUUUCUGUCCAAAGUUGGCAUUUGGGGGUGUUUGCAAGGAGCGGUCAUAUCAGCAAAGAUAGCACAAUUUAUUCAGACAUCGAAUGUUAAAAAAAGAACCAACUGUUGCAUUUUGUCUGCAUUGCUCUUUCAGGGUUUGCUUAGAACCACGCUUCCGCAUCCCAAAGCUGAACGAUCCUAUGCUCAGUAUGAAAUCACUCAGCUUCUCCCAGGCAUCCACCUUUUCUCGGAUAGACACAGGGCUGACAUCUGCUCUGUAGUUGCAAGUCUGUAUUACGUUAUACGUGAACUACAUUUUGUUAAGCAAAAUCUAUUAGUUCUGCCACUCCUUGCAUUAUACCAAUAUUUUGUUUCUGUAAUUUGCCAAGACCUAGUGAGAAAUAUAGAAGCAAGAAUCCUCAAGAUAGAAGUCCUUGUAGAUUUGGGAUUAUUUGCUGAAGCCUUUAAUGAGAUAAUCCAUAUUUUUUAUGGAAAAAAUAUGCCUUGCUCAGUACCUGCUGGCUAUAAAGCUACCACAAAAAUGAAGCCAUUUCAGCCAUUUGACCCAGGAAAAGCUCUUAGCACUAGAGAAAAUAUACAGGCACUUGAUGAAUUAAUGAAUAAAGGCUUUCCUGUAAUUCUGGUUACAAUUGGCCAACAGCAUCUCUUAAAUAAAUUUUGUUUUGUUAAAGCAUACUUUUUCGUAGGUGUGGCUGCAACAAUAAAUUGUAUUCCAGAAAAUAUAUGUAAAACAUUCAGUUUUGGACUUGUUACUGAAAGGAGCAAAUCGAACCCUCCAAACUUGAAAGACUUACUGUUAAGGGAUAAUGGAGGCCUACCUGGUAACCUUUGGAAAGAUGAGUUUACUCUUUCCACAUUAAAGUCAGUUUUACUGCUGGAAGCUGAAGACAGACUAAACUUCCUUGUGUCAGAGAUAGAGCAUCAAGGCCACCAGAACCUCUCCCAGUGCUCUGCUGGCGAGUUGGAGAUUGUGGUAGAGGCCAGAAUUCAGCUGGCUGCAAUCGCCCUGCAGAGACACGUGGCGGCAUACAGUGUGGCAAUAAUAGUUUCCACACUUCAACUUCUCCAGGAUUCAAAACUUUUUAAAAAGAAGGUAGUACAGGAUGACGCAGAGACUCCCAUCUCUCCAGUAACAUCUAACACUGAAAAUAAAGAUGAUAAUGAGUUUUUAGACCCUAUUUCCCUAAACGCCCGAGAAUAUUUCAACAUUCAUCUGUGGUUGAAGUGCCGCUUAGCAUUGGUGACUGCGUUUGUUGCACAGAUUCAUGGCAUUGGAAUCGUGAAAGAGAACGAUAUGACAGAUUGUGUGAGCCUCAUCCGUGAAGUAUGUAUGGAGGCAAAAAGUGCAGAUGACACGGAGCUACAGGCUGAAUUCUUGAUGCAAGCUGUAGUCCUUGGCCUACAAGAAAAGCAUUUAAAGGCAGACAUCAUAACAAACCUUGAGGAUAUAAUACAUUUGCUUGAAGGAAAUGAAUUGAUUUCUCCUCGAUCUUGGUUAACCCUGGCAAGAAGUCUAGUUUUGCUGGAUGACUUAACCAAAGCUGAGAAAUUCAAGGACCCUCACUUUUUAAAAACAGAAAAACCCAGUUUGUUGACUCAAGCUCACAACAUUGUGAUUGAACAGAUGCUAAAUUUGGGAGAAACAAUUGAAUUUCCUUUAUCACAUACUGAAUAUGCAAAUCCAUUACAACCUUUGAAAAAUAUCUAUCUUCCUCAUGUCCUGCUAUUGGCCAAAAUAAAAAUGAGAAUUGGACAUACAGUGGCCAAGCAAGUACAUCAUAACCAUAAAAGGAAGGACCCCUCAAAGUGGUUACCUGCUCUCCAUCUGUUUGACAUGGCAGAGAAGCUCUGCAAGAUAACAGUAAUACAGGAACAUGAGGUGGAAGCUGAAAUCCUUUUUCAGAAAGGCAAAAUAGAACGUCAAAUACUGAUGGAAGAGAAAUCUCCAAUUUUACUAUCUGGGAGUUUAUAUGAAGCUGUACAACUAAGCUUGAGAAAUGAUCAAAACUCAGAGUUGAUAAGAGACUCCUACUUAGAAAUGGCCCUAUUAUAUUUUCAUCUGAUGAAGCCAAGGAAAAAAACUUCAACAACACUAUUAACAGUUAAGCCUCCUCCCAGAAGAAGCAGUUCUAUUAAAGAAUCAACAGUAAGCAAAUUUGAAAUGUACAGUGCAUUGGCUUGGAUUGCGAUAAGAGCUGCUGCACAGGUCAGUGAAACUGUGCUGGCAAUUAACCUGCUUAUUGGCAAGAAGACUAUUAGAACUGACAAAGUUAACCAGGUAGUAUUACCAAAUAUCCCAGAAUUUGCUACUGUGGAUCUUUUGUCUUCCUAUACGGAUUAUUUGCUUGAUGACUACCAAGUUGCCUUCCAGUCUUGCUAUACAUUUUUGUUCCAAAAUGAUGACACGUGUGACAACACAGAUGCUAAAAAAAAGACUCAGACCAAAGUGGAUAUUACGUGGAUCCUUCUACUCCGUUACUAUAUUCACCUUCAAAGGAUUAAUAAUAUGAGUAAACUGCUUGCAUCUGCAAUGCCGGUAUCUGGAAUUUCUUUACCAGAUGAUACACUUUUCACAUCCCUUUACAAUUCUGAGUUGGUUUUGCGCCAGAAAGAAAUGCAUUUUUUCCUUAAAAAAUUCUUACACCUGUAUUCUUCUUCUUGUAUUGAUGAAUUUCCAAAAGAACUUCUUCAAGGGUUGGAAAAUCCACCUCUUUCAGAAAAAGGCUUAUAUGAAUCAUCGGCCAAGUUAAGUCGUGACAGUUCUAUACACUCAGUUUUAUCUUUAAAGCUCCCUGCCAGCUCAUCUGGCAUGGACCUGACAUCAUCAGAAAUGGCAAUACACGCUUUAAACAAAGAACUGUGCUUUCAAUGGUACGUUCCUCCUCUGGACAAGCCUCCAAAGGAAACAGAACCUAUGGUUUUAUUGCUGUAUGCAUAUAAUAUAAAGCCUGUGAAGGUGGUAGAUGUUAGACUUUCCAGUUACCACAAUAUAUCUGUUGGUUCCUUAUGGUUUCCACUGAACAGAGUUAUUGCAAUUCACGAGAAGCUAUCUAAUCUUGUGCAAAUAGCUGAAAUAUUAUUGCCGGCAGUUCCUGAAAUUACUAUGAAUGAAGAUGAAGUAGAAGAAGAAGAAGAAGAAGAAGAAGAAGAAGCAGAAGAAGCAGCAGAAGAAGAAACAGAAGAGAAAUCAGUAGACAAAGAAAUGGAAAGCAUGAUUAUUCAAUGUUGCUCUGAAAUACUAUCUCUGUUUUUGAAUGAUAGAGAUUUAACACCACUAUGCGAGAUCCCAUUUGAUAUCUCACUUCCAUCUAUAAUCGACCUUGAGAGACUUUUUGAUCUUGCUAAUGGUUGUAUUGUAUCAGGAGGAAGCCUUUUCAACUGGAUGGUGUCGAUUAUUCCUGAGUAUUCUUUCUAAGGGAUGAAUAAAAUUGAGAAAUAAAUCAAGAGUAUGAUAUCAGACUGAGGAAUUUUUCAGCAAUGACCAUCAGCCUUUGAAAAUUUGGUGAAAAGAAAUAGUUAUGGUUCGAUGUCUUGCUCGCACAGAAGCUCCAGUUCAAAGCUGGAUCUGCCCCGUCUGGUUAUCCUGAUACUCCAGAUAUCACUUUGAGUUCUUGCUGUUGCCCAGCUGGCCUCCUGCAGCUCCAGAGGUUUUUUAGCUCUCAGUUGGGCAGUUUAACUACUUUUUUCCCUGUUAUUUCCAGAUCUCUCUCUCUAUAUAUAUAUCUUUAGCUUCCUUUCAGCUUAUCCAGCUGAUCUACUUCCUUGUCACGUUGCUUUGGCUUCCCCACUCUCUCUUGUGUUUUGGAAAGAAUACAUUUUCAAAUAAAUUGAAACUACAUUCCAA